AUGUGGUCACCAUCGACAGACCGCAGGGCUGGAGUUGGAAUCCUUUUUCACCCGCAGAGUCGGCUGACUCAUCCGACCGCGGUGUUUGCCGAAUUCUGGUCCCCACAUUUCAUGGCAGUCAAAUGCUCUCUUGAGGAGGACCCCGUGCUCCUUAUCAAUAUAUAUGCUCCAACCAAUCGCGCUGACCGCGAAGCCCUUUUUCUUAGCUUGGCCUCGCUGGAUCUGCCGCCAGAUACGAAGGUUUUUGUGGGCGGGGAUUUCAACUGCACUCUAUAUGGUGAUAUUGAUCGGUCAUUCCACCCUACCAUACCAAUGCAUAACUCCCCUGGUCUUCGACGUUUGCUUCAAGCAUGGCAAUUAUCUGACAGCCUGAUCAAUCGUCUCCCGAACUCGUCUGAGGAGCACGAGAAAAGGAAAUUCUACGAUGACCAUCACACUUUUUCAUAUGUGGUGGGCGAAACCACAACAGCAACAUGUCGCCUCGAUCGAUGGUAUGUGAAUGAUAUUGGAAGGACGUGGACGAAGGACACUGAGGUGACGGAUGCGAGUGUCCCAAUGGCAGAUCACCGAGGAGUACUUCUUCACCUUCAAUCACCUGAUAAUCCGUGUAAGGUGUGGAAACAACCUCGGGUUUUCCCCCCACCGUCUUAUGCUGCUGAUAGAGUGCACAACUACGUAGUCGAAACACUGGAGGCAUUGUCCAACAGGAUCGAUGCAGAACACCCCUCGGCUGCUGUCGCUGCUGCAUGGUGGGACACGAUGAAAACACAAGUAGUGGUCGGCAUUCUUCGAGAAACCCGCCAAGAGAGGCGCAGCCUGACCAACACGUACAAACAAAAACUGGCGCGGCUAGAACAGCGAAAAGAACGUGCACAGUACAUUGCACGUUCCUUUCCAUCCGAUAGUCAUGAGUGUCACGCGGCGCAACUUAAAGUCGAUCGGAUUGCCAAAAUAAUUGCUGAGUGUAAGCGGAGCCGAGCCCAAUCGAGGCGACAGCAAACUUUCCGUUCACAUUCGUGGUAUAAUGGCAAGACAUCCAGAGACUUCUUCAAACGAAUAUCUUGCAAGUUUAGUGACAACACUAUCCCCACUCUCCAUCCCUCUGACGGCUUUCCACCACGCGGAUGCCAUGCAGGGAAGGCAUGUGGGCCCGACCGAUUGGGCAAUGACUGGUAUCAAGCAUUUGCAGAUGUGUUAAUUCCUCUCCUGACCAAGCUAUAUAAACUUUGGUACUCAGCUGGUAUUUUUCCGAAGUCAUUUCUUCAGGCAAACAUCUUCAGCUUAAAAAAGAAGGGUGACAGCUCCAUUCCACUUAACUACCGCCCGUUAUCUCUCCUCAAUACCGAUUACAAAAUACUAACCAGGUUGUUAGCAACGAAGGUCACUGCCCAACGCAUGGCAAGCUGCGAUCCUGAGCUCCGCGAUGCUAUUGCUGUUCUUUUGGACUUCUCCAAGGCGUAUGACUCGCUUGAUCGAGAGUUUCUCUAUUCCACGCUUGCGCGUCACGGAUACCCGGCUCAUUUCGUUAACAUUGUACGAGCACUCCACACAGGCACUUCUGUCACGUUUUUGGCAAAUGGUCAAAGUUCACGCUCCAUUCCAGUUCAUCGCGGAAUUCGACAGGGGUGCCCACUUGCCCCACUGCUGUUCAUUCUAGCUCUCGAGCCGCUAUACCAAAAGUUGGACACCAGCCCCCGUUUACGAGGCAUUCGCCUACGCUCGAAACACCAUGCACGCGAGCUCAAGGUAGCUGGCUAUGCUGAUGAUACGGCAGCCUACCUACGCAGUGCCUCACACCUACCUGACCUGUUGUUACUCACUGAUGGCUUUGGGGAGGCGUCAGGUCUUCGAGUCAAUGCCUCGAAGACAUGUAUUAUCGCUCUUCACCCUGAUGGCCCCAGCGCGCCUAUGGAGAUCACAUCUCCUCUAGUCAUUCAAGCUGCCGAUCAGAGCUCGCGCUACUUGGGAAUUCAGGUUGGUAGCUCAGCUUCUGCAGCGGAUAAGACAUGGAUUAUAGCGGAGACCAGAAUACGGACACGCAUCCGCCUCGCCAGCCACCGUACCCUGACAGUGGAGCAACGAUCCCUCGUUGCGGCAUCAAUUAUCAUCCCAACCCUGUUGUACAUCGGACGACAUGUGUGGCCGCGGACUGAUCAGGUCGAGUAUUUCAAUCGCUGCAUUCGCAACUUCGUGUGGUACGGGUUCUUUGAAGCCAAAAUUGAAGGUCGUCGGGCAUGGCUUUCUGCUGAGAUCGCUAGCUUGCCAAGAGUUGAGGGUGGCCUUGGUAUUCCUGACCUCCGCUCAGAGCUCCUCGCUAUGGCGGCUGUCGCCGUAACAGAAUGGGCCUCAACAGGCUGCACCGACCAACACCUGAUUGGAGACAUACUAUUUCCAUUACACCCCACUACAACGGCACCGUCGGUAUACGUGACUCCAGGAUACGACCCCAAGCCCAUUAGCGGCUUUGGCCCACACUCCUCUCUCCUUCGGACUGGCGUCACAAUGAUUCGCCAGGCUGGUGAAAAGCCAUGCUCGCCUCAAUACGUCGAUAGUAUCGAACCUGUCAUCAGCCUCGUCGAACAGUGCGUACCACUCGAACCCCAGUGGGAAUUCAGCGUUUUCACCUUGGAUUGCCGUAUGCUAGCUGGGCAGAGUUGGCACCACCAUUGCCGAGAUCUCCUUACUCGUCACGGUCACCUUGAUCACCGAUGGCUACCUCGCGCAGAUUUGAAGUACAUUGCUCAGCUGCCGGGAGCAACGGCCGCGGCCGCAUUGGCAUUCGCGCAGAUUUGA